UCAUGGAAUGAACAGAUGAUAAGAAAUUCAAAUCUUUCGCAUGCCUACAAUAACUGUACAACGCCACCACCAUUCCAAUUGAUAAUUUUUUACGUAAACAUCAACAAUCUUUUUUAAUAAUAGCUUCCAUGUUGAAGAUGGUGAAGAUCCUUCAAAACAAAGGUCACCAAUUACAUCUUCAUACACUACUUCAUCACUGUUGUGCGGAUCUAUCUUGGCCAGCUCGGUCACAACGGUCACAACAUUGUCAUGCUCAUCAAGGGCUGCCCGACGUAGAAUGGUUUGACCAUAUUGAAUAGGUGAUUUUGAGUAAUUGGACCUUGUGAUGGUGAAAAGGGGUCCACCUUGACCGUUAUUUGACACCUUACAUGUAAAAAGUGAGCCGGUAAUCUUCUCAUGCCAACAAGACUUAUAUGGGAAGAUAUACAGGCGCAAUCACGAUAGAGAUCUGACUACUUGCAAUGGCAAUUGAAGGCUUCUCUUGACCAGCAGUCAAUGGGGAAAAAAUGUAAUGAAGAAAGUAAUGAUAUCAUAUCAGGUUGAUGGCACACAAGAUCAAUGUAAUUGAUGGCACACAAGAUCAAUGUUCAACUUCCCAUACAGUUAGAAGACUUUUAUGUUCUUUCAUUUGGGAAAAUCAUUACAAGCCCAUUAUACUACGGUGCCAAUUAUAUUUGGCCAAUUGGGUAUAAAUCCUGUUGGCAUGAAAAGCUUACCGGCUCGCUUUUUACAUGUGAGGUGUCGAAUAACGGUCAAGGUGGACCACUUUUCACCAUUACAAGGUCUAGUUGCUCAGAAUCAACUAUUCAAUAUGGUCAAACUAUUAUGUGUCGAGCAGACCUUGAUGAGCAUGAUAAUGUUGUGACCGAGUUGACCGAGAUGACCAAGAUAGAUCCGGGCAGCGGUGAUGAAGUAGGGUAUGAAGAUGUAAUUGGUGACCUAUAUGUUGAAUGGUCUUCAACAUCAUCAACAUGGAAGCUACUAUUAGAAAACAUCGUUGAUGUUCACAAAGAAUUUAUCAACCAGACCGGCGCCGUGCAGUGUUACUGUAGGCAUGCAGAAGAUUUGAUAACUUUUUAUCAUCUGUUCAUUUUACGCACGAGGCUACCUUCUCAUGCAAUAGCAACCUUCUUCAGGUAUGUGAGUUCUUAUGUCGUUUUAAAGAAUUGUUUAUCAUAUGAAGAAUUUGAAAACAAUCUUCUUGCCCCCAGGCCUGUUACAUAUUGA